GGUCGGGGACGGGGCGGGCCCAGGUGGAGUUGCCUUGCGGCGGCGCGGAAGCUGGGGUUCUGCUCGGCGGCGGGGCGAGGCCAGGUCCAGAUAGGGCGGACCGGUGGUGGCGGGGGCAGAGCGGCCCACGAUGAGGUGCUGCCGCCUCUGCGUCUUCGACGCCGCCCGGGGGCCCAGGCGGCUGAUGCGCGUGGGCCUCGCUCUGAUCCUGGUGGGCCACGUGAACCUUUUGGUGGGCGCUGUGCUGCAUGGUACUGUCCUGCGGCACGUGGCCAACCCCCGUGGCGCGGUCACACCGGAAUACACUACGGCCAAUGUCAUCUCGGUGGGCUCGGGGCUGCUGAGCGUUUCCGUGGGACUUGUGGCCCUCUUGGCAUCCAGGAACCUUCUUCGUCCACGACUGCACUGGGCCCUGCUGACGCUGGCCUUAGUGAAUCUGCUUGUAUCUGCUGCUUGCUCCAUGGGCCUCCUCCUUGCUGUGUCGCUCACUGUUGCCAAUGGUGGCCGCCGCCUUAUUGCUGACUGCCAUCCAGGACUGCUGGAUCCCUCCAUACCACUGGACCAGGGGCCUGGACACACUGAUUGCCCCUUUGAUCCCACAAGAAUUUAUGAUACAGCCUUGGCUCUCUGGAUCCCCUCUCUGUUCAUGUCUGCAGGCGAGGCUGCUCUUUCUGGUUACUGUUGUGUAGCUGCACUCACCCUGCGGGGAAUUGGGCCCUGCAGGAAGGAAGGGCUGCAGGAGCAGCUGGAGGAACUGACCGACCUUGAACUUUCUGAGUGUAAAAGGCCGGAAAAUGUGCAGCUACUCCACCACCCUCAGGAUUUCCAGACUAAACAGAAAACCUGGGUUUAGAACAGGUCUGCUCUUUCUUUAGCAAGCAGCUGCUCUUCCGAGGCGUAAUCCACAGGUGUUUUCUACUACGCAAGGGGCCCUGACCCGAGGGUGAUAUAAAUAAUUGUAAUAAAAGGACUAGUUUUUGUUUUC